AUGCGGGAAAACGAGGGGAAUUCCGCUGCAAAGGCGGAGCAGCCAAGGACUCUACAAGCGUGUCAACGCUGUCGGAAUCUGAAAACCAAAUGUUUGCCGAGUAGCCAAUCCGGUCGAUGCCAGAAGUGUUCCACUUCCGGAAACGAGUGCGUCUGGGCUGACGCGCCCCGACGAGCAAGAAAGCUACGUGCCCCUUCACGCAUUGCUCAAGUUGAACAAACGAUUGAUGGGCUUGUAGCCAAACUCGUCUGUGCAUCUGGAAAUGAAAUCACGGCUAGCUCAGGGUUCAUUCCACCUGCCGUUCCACCAAAGACGACAAGACCAGUUGUCACAGGAGGUUGGAUGUCUGUUGAAUCCCAAUCAGAAGCACGCUUAAGGAGAACUUCGGACGAUGCUGAAGUUGACCGCCAAUACCUCGAAGAAAUCCGUGGUAUACAUGGCUUCGAUGAUCGACAAACUGCUGGUCAACCUUCUGAAGGUCCAUUCAGGCAGACAAAGCGACUCGAAGACCCCAUAGAUGAUGAGCUUGUCCGGAGUCUGCUUGUUUCAGGCGAAGCAGAAUCGUUGAUGAAGGAAUUUCGUUCCAUGUCGAUUACAUUUCCAUUUGUUGUUAUAUCUCAACAACUCUCCAGCACCGACCUGCAUGCAGAGAGGCCAAUGCUUUUCCUUGCAAUAAUGACAGCAGCAUCGUGGAAGGAUUACUCGCAACAGAGGAGGCUUGACACAAUAUACCGCACGGAACUCGCUCAUCGCACAAUGGUCCGUCCUCGGAAGACGCUUGGGCUAGUACAGAGCGUUCUUGUUUAUCUAUCCUGGUACCAUUUUGUUUUCAGCCACAAGACGCAACAGAUCUUCUUCCUACACCACCUUGUGAUUGGACUGGCACUUGACAUUGGUCUCCACCAAGAUUACCAACCAAUCGAUUUUACCCCUCCACUACGGGGUAGGCCCUCACCGCCAUCUAGAAAAGAUUUACGAGAAAGGCAAAGAACAUUCCUUGGUUGCUACUACAUUUCGUCCAUGGUAGGCGGUGCUUUUCAAAAGCCGAAUCUACUCAAGCAUACACAUUUCAUGACCGAAGCGGCUGAAAGCUUGGGAAAAGAACUAGAGUAUGAAUCCGAUGAAGUCAUUAGCCACCUGAUCUCCCUGCGACAGAUUGAGGAGCAAAUACAAGACAUUCUGUUUACGGCAGAUACGGCGCAACUGUCACUAUCUGACGGACGCAUGCUUAUGCAUUUGCGUUCUAUAGAAGGCCAACUUGAUGCAUGGAAAGCACGAUCCUGUUGCUCUGCAUCUCAAAGAUUGCUCGAGCUUUCCUUCUCUUUCAGUAAGACACUGUUGCACAGCAUCUCCCUUCGCCCACAUGCACUGAACGUUCCCCCGCCACCACAAUCGGCACAGCUCAACUCUUUGUUCUCUGCACUGGAAGCUGGGAAGAAAUUCUUGGAUACUCUUCUAUCUUUUCCAGCUAACGAGUACCAUUUCAUAUCGUUCUCUGAGUGGAUGCGUUUGCCGUCGGUCAUCAUGACGGUAGCCAGGCUGUGUAUGCCUAACGAUGACCAUGCUGCCUGCGGCUGGGAUGCGCAAGCAGCUCAAGAGCGAGUGCGUCUUGAGCUGUGUCUCGAAUCUCUUUGCUUCCGAAUGCAAAAACUAUCAACAUACGACGAGGUGAAGCAGCCCCACAGCGACUUCUGGCGAGCGAUGUGUUUCAUGAUGGACUUGACGAAGACUUGGUAUAUCCGUAAGAUCCGACCGAAAGCACCAAUGCAGAAACCUAUGCAAUCUCCAUUAAGGGCGACGACGGAGACAGGUACGGCCGAGGCCUCGUGUCCAAUCUCUGCCAUGUCAACUGUAUGCCCCAUGCAUGGAUCAGAGGCGCAGUACCCCGCACUGGCUGAUGCGAACUUCACGUGCGAAGGCAGUGCGGAGAUGGAUGGCGCUCCCAAUGGGAGCAGUGACCCGUUUGCGCUAAUGAGAAGUGCAGAUUUCGACAUCGAGCAGUUCUUCGAUAUGGCCGGAGGCAUCUGGGGUGACCAAUGCUAUGACAGCUACUCAGACAUGGCUUUUGGUAGUGGUGCGUCAUUCUAG